GAUCCAGUGCGGGUGCAUGGCAGAAAGAAAAAACCCACCCCGUUCGUUCGACCCUUUCUUCCUCCAUCCAUCUCCCUCGCCCUCCUCUCUGUCUCGCCGGCCAGCGGCGGCUCCCAGGGGCGGCGCCAUCCAGGGAGCCACCCGAAUCAUGGGAAAAUCCGGUUCCCACAAGUAGACGGCGCCAGUCCGGUCCUCGGCUACCUCGCCGCCACAUCACUUCCCCGGCGGGCCCCGGCACGCUCCUACGCUAACCCCUCGCCACAGGCGCCCAUGUACCUCGGCGCCCUGACGAGCUCCUCACCACACCAACCCCUCGUCACCGCCGCACAUUAUUUCAUGCAGUUUAUGAUCAAAGGGGGAUUUAUGUGUACACAUACACCAAAAAUUACUGGAGUUAGUGAGGGAGGGUCAGCUGUCUUUAAGGUGAACUACUUCAAAGAACACACAGCGUCCCUGGCACAGUCACCCCAACUCUAUAAACAAAUGCUUAUCAACGGAGGAAUAAACCGAGUGUUUGAGAUUGGUCCUGUUUUUCGCGCUGAAGAUUCAAAUACUCACAGGCAUCUUUGCGAAUACAUAGGUCUCCAUGCAGAGAUGCAAAUUAAGGAGCAUUAUUUUGAGGUUAUAGAUUUCGUUGAUUCUCUGUUUGUUGACAUAUUUGAUCACCUGGCUAAAAACUGUUCGGAGAUGCUGGAUAUGAUACAAGAACAGUACCCCUGUGAAAGGCUGAAGUACCUUCAGCAAAAUGUGAGGCUCAAAUACUCUGAAGGAAUCGAAAUGUUACAAGAAUCUGGUUUUCCAAUCCAAGAGCCACAGGACUUAAACAAUAAGGCGGAGCUAAUGCUAGGGAAACUCGUCCUUCAGAAGUACAAAACUGAUUUCUUCAUAUUGUACGAGUAUCCAUUGGCAUUAAGACCAUUUUACACAAUGCCGUCCGCGGAAAAGCGUCAACCUGGUAGUUACAGUAAUUCCUUUGAUGCUUUCAUUAGAGGACAAGAAGUACUUUCAGGCUCUCAGAGGAUCCAUGAUAAGUCGUUGCUGAUUAAAAUGAUAGAUGAGCGGGGAUACAACAAAACAACCUUUCAGCAGUUCUCGAAUACUUUUGGGUGUGGAGCACCACCGAGAGGAGGUUUCGGCGUCGGACUCGAGCGGCUUGUGAUGCUUUACUUAGGAGUGCCGGAUUUUAGAAUUGCUUCACUUUUUCCGCGCGACCCUGGCCGCCUGGCUCCCUGAUUAAUUGUAUUAUAGUUACCUUAAGUCUUUUCCAGUGCCAGAUAUUAUAAUUGAUUCAGCGCCUGGAUCUCUCAGAUUAGUUGUAUUGUAGUUACUCAAGUCUUUUUCAGUGGCGUUGCUUCUCCCUGGGGCCUUGUUUCGAUGUUGGGGAACCAAUAUUGUAGUGGAAUUAAUCCACCCAGGGAUUGGCACCCAAUCCCUGUGGGGGUUGAUCCCCACCAAACCCUGCUAUGUAUCCUCUGUUUGGUUAAUUAAUCCCUGUCAUCCCUCUCA